AUGUUUUUCUCGUUCGUAUUUACUAUACUGAAAAUAAUAAAUAUUGGCGUUGUUUGCACAAGUUUAUGCCCUGUCUUACCAUUACCGCAGCACGGGUUUUUCUUUUCGGGUUAUUGCGAACGAAAAGUAGGUUCAUUAUGUGGUAUUGGAUGUAACCCAGGUUAUCGACUUGUCGAUGGAGAUAGUUUUCGUGAAUGUCAAGAAGACAAAACUUGGACAGGAUAUCAACCGAAAUGCGAAGAAAUUCAAUGUGAUCCGUUGAGAAGUAAUAGUGAUGUAAUUCAAGAAUGUUUACCUGAACAAGAAAAUAGUACUGAUUUUAAAUUCGGUACAAAAUGUCGAGCACGUUGUAGUGAAAAUGGUUAUCGACUACUUGGACCACAUACACGUGAAUGUUUGAUAUUAGGUAUAUGGUCAGGUUAUACACAAUUUUGUAUUGUCAACAAUGAAACCACUACACAUGUAAUGACUAAUACAACUUCAAUGACACCGUUGAUAACAACCAUGACAUCAUAUCAAGGUAGGGUUUUCUUUUUAAAUAAUGAUACGGGUAUUAUUUUAUCAUCUUUUCAACCAUUUCAAUUCACUAUUAUAUUUUGGUUCUAUCUGGAAAAUACUACCAAUGCUACAUUAAUUUCAUUACGAAAAAAUAAUCAUGAAAAAGUAUUCGAAAUUGUUGUUCGACAAAGCAAACUUGUUUUCUAUCAUUCAUCACGAAAUCAAACUCAACCAACUCUUGUUAAAGUUCCUGUUUCAAAAUGGAAUCAUUUUGCAUGGACAUAUUCAAUUAAAACAAAACAAUCAUAUUUAUAUAUUGAUGAUGUUUCAUCCUUGAUUUUAUUUGGUCAAUUAUUUCAUGGUUAUAUAACCAGAUUAGAAAUUUGGAAUGAAAUAAUAGCUGAACAACAUUUAUUAGUUAGUUAUCGAGAUUGUCGAAAACAAAAUGGGGAUAUAUUUUCAUGGUCAAAAAUACCGGAAAAUAUAGAAAUUGAUACAAAGAAAUUAAAAAGUUCCUUAUUUUGUUCUGGUUGUUCUGAACCUGCAUCAAUUCAUGGUGGAAGAUAUCAGGUAUCUGAUUAUGAAAUUGGAUCAUCUGUAGAUUAUGAAUGUAAUUUUGGUUAUGAGCUUAUUGGUGUUAGUCGUGCGUAUUGUAUGGUACCAUCAGAAUGGUAUCCAUUACCACCAAUUUGUAAAUAUAAUCCAUGUACAAUAAAAUGUGAAUUAUGUGACAAAAAAACUGGUGUUUGCUUAAGACAACAAACGCAAUUGAAUUCGGAUAUAUGUGAUCCUGAAUGUGAUGACGAUGAAGAAUGCAUUGAUGGAGAAUGUACAUGGACAAAUACCGGUAGCAAUUGGAAUGUAGAAAAAAAUGAUAAUAGUUGUAAUCCACCAUGCCCAUCGGGGAUACAAUGUAUCAAUCGAAAAUGUGAACACAAUUUAGCACCUUAUUGUCCGGUAUCAUGUCGACCUGGUCAAGUAUGUAUAGAUGGUUUAUGUGAACAUGAUCGUGGAUGUUAUGAAGUUUGUGAAAUAGGUGAACGUUGUCAUAAUUCGUCAUGUAGUUGUGGAUUACAAGGUAAAUGCGGUAAAGGUGAACUAUGUGUAUCGGAUAUAUGUAUGUGUGGUACACGGCGAAAUGGUUGUCGUCCUCAUGAACAUUGUAUUAAUGGAAAAUGUGUUUGUAAAACAGAUUUUUGUGAUGAAUGUGGUAAUACAUGUAAAUCAAAUGAAAUUUGUUUAGAUGGUAAAUGUGUUUGUAAUGAGAGAUGUGAAAACGUAUUUUGCCCAUUUCCAUGUUUGAAUGAAGGACGAUGUACAGGUUUUUAUCAAUGUACUUGUCGACAAGGUUGGAGUGGACAUCGAUGUGAACAAUGGCAAAGAAAGAAUAUUACUAUAUACUAA